CAAACGUUUUCUCAUAGAAUGCAUCUUUUAUCUCCUAUAAUUCCUGUUAGAAUGUUUUUCUCAUAAUAUUAGCCCCGCCCCCCGACUAAAUGUACUUUUUCUUAUAAAUGAUGACUUUUUCCCAGCAGGUGUGUACUGAGGUUUGCACUCCACUGGAUGUUUUUCACAUCUGUCGCUGUAAUGUCUCGUGUGUCCAGAAAAAUGUGGCUGGCGCUGCUUGUGUGCCAACUUAGUCUCUUAGGUGCCCGGGGUCAGAUACCAGCUGAGUGCGUUACGAGUGACACAAACAGACCACCAGAAAACUCUGACAUCAUGGUGUACUGCGGCACUGAGCACAUGGACCUGAGCGUCUUCCUUUGCCCCGUGUACCAAGCUCUCUACAACGAGUCGCUCAUGGUGCUCAAUAACGAGUUGAACAACGCCGAAUGUUUCGGCGAGGCAGACUUCACCGUCGACCCGCCCGUCUUGAAAUUCAGCUUCCCCAUCAACGAAAGCACCACGUCGUCGUGCGGGAAUGACUUUAAUAUUAUCAAUCAAGUGGGCACCGGAGCAUUCGCCGACUUCUCCAACGUCCAAUAUGUCAACAUCUCCGGCACCGUCAACUCCAUCGACCCGUCGGCCAGCAUGAUCACCUACAGGCCGCAGCUCAUCUACAUGUUCUCCUGCCUCUACCCUAUGCAAUAUAUCAUCAACAACACUGAGCUGGGCGUAGCUGGUGUGAAUGUGGCCAUUAAAGACAACAACGGCAGCUUCAUCAGCACGUUGAGCUUGGAGUUAUAUGAAGACGAUCAAUUCCAAAACGCUCUUACCAUGCCAACAACGGGACUCCAACUGAAGACCAAAAUCUACGUCGCCGUCCGAGCCACCAAUUUAACAGACAGAUUCAACGUGCUGCUGGAUCGAUGCUACGCCACCACAAGCCCCUACCCAGCUUUCGAUUCCUUCUACGACCUUUUUAUCGGCUGUACACGUGACGACCAGACCGAGGUCAUCCUUAAUGGCGAAUCCCAGGUGGCGCACUUUUCCUUUGAAGCCUUUCGAUUCGUGGAGCACAAGAAUCGAACCGUGUCCACGUUCUACCUACACUGUGUCACGAGGCUGUGUGAAGUGUCCGCCUGUGAGGCUCUAAAACCGGUCUGUUCAGUUGGCCGCAGAAGAAGAAGAGAGGUUGAGGACGUGUUGGCUAACGCGACAGUUACCUCGCCGCCCAUUAUGGUGGCCAAAAAGAGCAGAGAUUUUCAAACUAACACAGCUUCUUAUGGUGUAUCCAGGAGACCCUACAGUGACCUUGUGGUGGCGGUCAUCAUUAAUAUCGUCAUCUUGUCCCAUUUUAGAUUCUAAAUUCUUUUUUCUGAAUAUUGACCAUGUUUAGCUUAUUUUUUUUCCCUAGGACACGUUAUUCAAAUGCACCUUAUUUGUAAAUGCAAACUUUAACAGACGCAAAUUGAAGAAAUGUGUUGUCCGUCUCUGUAGUUUAGUGUGAACAUCAACAAAAAUAUUGUUGGUAUCAUAUAGGAAGUGAUGACAGUACAGAAUCACUAAUAUAUAUGUAGAAAUUAAAGUCACUUGAAGUUUUAUUCAUGUGGAAACAGUUCAUUACAUGCAUGCAGUCAAAAUUCAGCCAUUGAAGUGAAAAUACUGCGAUUGUAAAAAGUGUUUUGAAGAAAUGCCAAGAGUGUCGAGUAUUUUUAGUAAAUUGCAAAAGGUUCUGAAUUUCUGUUCCAGCUACAGCUGUUGUAAAAUCGCCAUAUCAAUAUAGAUGUAUUGUAUUAUAUACAGUACAUGCUUCACAGUAACCAAUACAUCCAUCAAUAUAUUAAAGCGAUACAGUAAUGUGUAGUCAUGUUACAAUGAGCUACAGAAGUUGGAUAGCUUGUAAACAGGGCUAUAGCCAGGGAAAAUGUUAACCAAGCUCCAGAGGGGUAAAAGUACAAAGGUUUGAAACUUUAGGAUUAUAUUCGUUAAUUAUU